CGUGCGAUAGGAGAGCAGCUGCCAUCCCUGACUCCUAGAUCCCACCUCGUUAACUCCUUGCAGCAAAAGGCCGGGCUCUAAAGCACACGGGUUAAAAAUCAGGCCAAGCCGAGAAAGGACGGAGCCGCCACGCAGCUUCGUCCCUCUGCCCGGAGAGGUCUCCUCGCUCGUUCCCCCGGUCCCUGCGGCUGCGGUGACAUUUCGCCUAGUUCAAAAGUUCACGGGGAGGCUCUAGCGAGGCGGUCACGUUUAGGGCUGGAGCGGAGAUCUCCGGCAGGUCCUGCCUUGCUGCCGGGGGCGGCCGGUGUCUUCUGCUCCCUUCUGCUUCUCCGCUCGCUCGUUUCCAGGCGAGACGUUGGUCUCCGCAGGUACCACGCUGUCUGCCCCUCUCCGUUUCUAACCUGCGCCCCUGCAGCAUCUGCCAGCCGGGCUGCUGGCGCGGAGGGGGGCGCGCCCGGGGGGCCCGGAGCGGCGGAGGCGAGGGUGGGGGGGACACCCUCGUGGCGGCUGCCCGCCGCCCCACAAAGGGCAUCGCCGGGCUCGGGCCGCUCCCACGCCCCGCGCACCGGAGCAUGCACGGACGGUCACACACACACACUCUCACACACGGACACACACAACCCCCCCCACACACACACGCCGUGAUGUGCGAUGCGCGAUGCGCGACGUGAGGCACCUCGCACGCCCCGGGGCCGGGGGGAGCCGGCGGGAUCUGCGCUGCCAGCCCGCCCGCCCCUGCCGCUCCCUCUCCUCCAGACCCAUCCAUCAGUCUCUUCCUUUCGCCCUGAAAAAAUGCCUGCCCGUGGAGCGAGGAGAGGGCACCGGGUCGGUAAAUAAGAAUGGCGGCACCUGACUUGUUGGAUCCCAAAUCGGCCACUCAGAACUCCAAACCAAGAUUAUCAUUUUCCACCAAGCCUACCGUGCUGACUUCACGGGAGGAAAGUGAUUCGGCUAUUAAUGUUAUGAAAUGGAAGACAGUCUCAACAAUCUUCCUGGUGGUAGUUGUGUAUUUAAUAAUUGGAGCAACAGUAUUUAAAGCCCUGGAGCAGCCUCAUGAGACCUCCCAGAGAACCACCAUAGUGAUUCAGAAGCAGACGUUUGUAUCUCAGCAUUCUUGUGUGAAUGCAACAGAGCUGGACGAACUAAUUCAGCAAGUAGUGGCAGCAAUAAAUGCAGGAAUCAUACCUUUAGGAAACACAACUACUCAGAUCAGUCACUGGGACUUGGGAAGUUCCUUCUUCUUUGCUGGCACUGUUAUUACCACAAUAGGCUUUGGAAACAUCUCUCCACGCACACAAGGUGGAAAGAUAUUCUGUAUCAUCUAUGCCUUAUUGGGAAUUCCUCUGUUUGGUUUUCUGUUGGCCGGUGUUGGAGAUCAACUAGGGACAAUCUUUGGAAAAGGAAUUGCCAAAGUAGAAGAUACUUUUGUUAAAUGGAAUGUGAGUCAGACAAAGAUUCGCAUAAUUUCAACAAUUAUAUUCAUACUGUUUGGCUGCGUGCUGUUUGUUGCUCUUCCUGCAGUUAUAUUCAAGCACAUAGAAGGCUGGAGUACACUAGAUGCAAUUUACUUUGUGGUUAUCACUUUAACUACCAUUGGAUUUGGUGACUAUGUCGCAGGGGGAUCGGAUAUUGAGUACCUAGAUUUUUACAAGCCAGUGGUGUGGUUCUGGAUCCUUGUUGGGCUUGCUUACUUUGCAGCUGUGCUCAGCAUGAUUGGAGACUGGCUAAGAGUCAUAUCAAAAAAGACAAAGGAAGAGGUAGGGGAAUUCAGAGCCCAUGCUGCAGAAUGGACAGCCAAUGUCACCGCGGAGUUCAAAGAAACUCGAAGGCGCCUGAGUGUGGAGAUCUAUGACAAGUUCCAGCGAGCUACCUCUAUCAAAAGGAAGCUCUCUGCAGAACUUGCUGUGAAUCACAAUCAAGACCUGACUCCUUGCAAGAGAACCCUGUCAGUCAACCAUCUCACCAGUGAGAAGGACAUCUUGCCAGCUCUAACAAAGACAGACAGCAUUUACAUGAAUGGUUUGACUCCGCACUGUGCAGCAGAAGAGAUAGCUGUUAUUGAAAACAUUAAGUAGCCAUGACUUUGGAUCCCAGCCCUUGAGAAGCUCUUGGCUUAGACUAGCCAUAUACCCUUUUUUUUCCACCCUGUUGAUGAUCAAUGCUAAUAGCAUUUUAUAUGUGUGCAUGAGUUCCACAGAAACUACAGUCCAGAGUUACCAUCACAUCUUUUCAAAGCCACAAAGAUGAACGGCACUUCUGUUAUUGAAAGAUGCUGGAACAAGCAAUGUCUUCUGCCUUUAUCUGCCCAGACUGUUUUUCACUUCUCCCCAAUGUGCCAUAUGGCCUCAAGAAUGAAUCACACUCUUUUAUGGUAACAAUGUAGCUUUGAGGGAUCAGUCCUUUAAAAUUUCAGGGUCUACCUUACUGAGCCUAGGAAUGGACCAUUUCUGGACUACAACACAUUUGUAAAUGGCAAGAAAUUCUUAUGCAGCCUUUUACCUAAGAAAUUUUUGUCAGUGCCUUAUCUUUUGAAGAACCAGAACCUCUACAGUUCCUGUAUGGUUGUUUGGGUUGUUUUGGGUUUUUUUCCUUUUGUUUAGUUUUGGCUUUGUUUUUGUUUUCAUGAGAAGUGUAUUUCAUUAGAGCUUUCAUUCUUCUUGAAAUGAUGGUGUUCUAAAAGGUGUGUGUGGUGAAGAUACCGACCAGCAUGACUUAAUGCCAAAACUCAACAAUCAUCGGGUGGUGUUCUUAGCUCUAAAUUUAAAGGCACUGCAGUUUCACAACUUGCAAACAUGUCCCCAAGAAGCAUUUUGUUUUACUCAGGUUCAGCUGAUACUUGUUCACACUGACUUGCAGAAUUUGCUGACCCUCCUGUGGUCUUAUGCUUUUAAGCAAGGUUCAUCAGUUGUUUUUGUCUCUGUCAGAUGUACCAAAAAAACAUAAAUCUGCAACUUAUCUACCACUGAAUUAUUUGAUAGAUGACAAGCAAAUAAUAACUAAUAUUGUGAGGAGAGGGAGGAGAGGAAGGAGAGGCUUUAAUUGCUGUAUUCUAACAACCACACCCAGAGAACAAUGCAGAAAGAUACAGCGAUUUUUAAAUAAGCAUAAUCCUUCUGCCAGAUAUUUGCUCUAUGAAAAGGAUUCUUAACUUCCUCUUUUAAGUCAAGUCACACGAGACUCCAUAUGACGUUUUACCCAGGAAUCCUGCUGGAGUGCUUCCCUUAAUGUCACACAGUACAGCGGCUGCCUGUGUCGGAGCGGUGACUAGCGUGGGAAUGCAAUUGAAACUGGUAUCACUGUGACUUUCUACAUUUCAACUAGAGAUGGCUCUGAAUGGAAGUGCAGGCAUGAAGAAGAGCUGAUAAAUAGCACAAUCUGAAUGCUGAUGGUUGUUCGGACAGGACAGGCUGACAAACAGAUCUAAAGCAGACUGUGGGGUUUCUUUAUUGGUUUUAAGAGAAGACAUUGAUUUUGUAUUUUCCAUUUUGCUUAUAGAUGUACAUAACAUUCAGGAGACAUGCAGGAUGGAAUGGAGGAUUUUGCUUUUUUUCUUACCUUAGUCUAUUGUAACCUGGCUGUACAUAAAAUGAACAGAACAGGCCUUAAAGAAUGAUUUAGGCUCUGUGUAAAUUCAAUUGCUGAUUGGGCAUGAUUCAAGUGGCAAAUCUUACAGCAUCUCUGACCAUUAGGUGACAUGCAAGAUAUGAAUGUUAAUGUUUUUUGGAUGCUUAGCUUGUUUUCUAAUAAAUAUAAGUUAAUAUGUAAAUUCAAUCAAUUCAGUGUAAAUAUCAGUCAAUUAACAUUUACAGAGAAGUAUGCUUUUAAAACUAAGGAAGUUCCACGACACAGCACCGAGCAAUGCUCUUAUAACAAAGACCCUUGUCUCCCCAGCACAGUGUUCUGAAUGUCCGCAUGGCAGGGGUUCCUCUUGCCAGGCAUAAACUGUGAAUUGCAAUGAAAAAUAAAGUUUUUAAUUAAAAUCA